GGGCUGGGUUCCAUUGCUCGCUGGCUGAGACGCUAACCGACUCAGCAGCAAGCGCACAGGACUCCCACGAGACCGCUUUCGACCGCUAAGAAAGAUCGAGACCGCUGCGAUCUCGUAACGAGCAAAAACGCAGCCGGCCCACCCAAGAGAGCAUCGAGUCCCACGCCGUGCGACGGGGAUAAAAAUGGACUUCACGAAGUUCUUCGCGCCGCCCGCGCCCGCGCCCGCCAAGAAGCGGCGCGCGACGAAGGCCAAGCCGCCGCCGAAGCGCCUCAAACCGGACUCGACGCCGCUGCCGCCCAAAUACGCGUCGCUGCUGACGCAAUACGACCAGCUCCGCCAGGUGGCCCGGUCGCUCGAGGCGAUGCGCGUGCGCACGACGCUGGCGCAGCUCUGUGGUGCGGUGCCGCAACUCUCACUCACGGAGGCGACGGUGCGGACGUGCGCGCUGGCGUGUCCGCGCGCGCUGACCGUCGACGAUUCCGACGGUACUCCGCUGGUCGUCUUCCCGAAGCUCUCCGACUCAGAUCGGAGGCGCGGCGCGACGUACGAGGCGGCGCGGAGGUCGACGCUCGAAUGUUCUCUCAGAGAGCAGGCGGACGCGGCGCACGCUUGUUGGCUAGCGCAACGGAGCCUGGAGCCACCCUUGAAUGGUUACCACGCGGAUUUUGAUGAGGGACCACAACUAGGGCAAGCGCCGAAACCACCACCUCCGUCGCCGGCCAAAAUAAAACCGCAGCCGCCGACCGACGCCCUACUCCCCCUCCAGCGCCUAGCUGGCGAGGCCUGGUACGAGGGCCAGGCUGUUCGAGUCGAAACUUUAGAAAAGCGGCCGGGCCGCUACGCGUCGGUUACGAAACCGCUGCCCGACCAGGUGCGCAAGUUCCUAGAACCGCUGCGACUCUACGAGCACCAAGCUAGAGCGAUUGACGCUUCAUUGGGUGGCGCCGACGUCGCGUUAGCCACGGGGACGGCGUCGGGCAAGACCUUGUCCUACGUCGUACCUGCCUUGUGUGCGGCCGCAUCAACGGACGGCUGCGUCGCGCUGUUCCUGUUCCCGACCAAAGCCCUCGCCCAGGACCAGCUCGCCUCCCUCAAACGAGCUAUUGAAGCGUGCUCGCUGGACGCUUCAUGCUCGACGCUGGACGGCGACACUGCAGAUGAGGAGAGACAAUCGAUAGCGCAGUCGCCGUCGACGUUCAUCAUCACGAACCCCGACAUGCUCCACUACACGUUGUUGCCCGGAGCGUCGCAAAGGUGGCGGCGAUUGUUUGAUGACUUACGUUACGUCGUCGUCGACGAGGCUCAUGUUUACGUCGGAGGCUUCGGCGCCCACGUCGCCGCGGUGUUGCGGCGUCUACAAAGGUUAGCGCCGUCCUGUCAAUAUUUUGCGUGUUCUGCUACGGUCCGCGACGCGGCCGGGCACGCUUCUUCACUCCUACCGCCCUCGUCGCGCCAGCUGGUCGUGAUCGACGACGACGCGUCGCCGCGGGGCCCGAAGCAGGUCGUGGUGUGGAACCCGCCCCUCAAGAAAGAGAAGAAAAUUAAGAGGAAGAAAGUCGAGGCAGAAACGGACGAGUAUAAUUCCGACACCGAGGAGUACGACGAGGACCAAGCCUUACAGGGCGAGGAGAAGGCCCGCGCGGCGAUGAUGCUCGCGGAGCGCAAAGCUCUGGCCGUGGAAGGUACUGAUGGUGAGCCUAUCAGAAGGAAGUCGGCCAUCGUCGAGGCGGCUCGGAUAGUGGCUUCUCUGACCUCGCACGGCGUGCGCACGCUCUGCUUCGCGAAGACGCGCAAGCUCCAGGAGCUCGUUUUGGGAUAUGCGUGCGAGCGGUCCUCGACAAGAUUAGCUGGUUACAGGGGCGGCUACACGCCUGCCGAGAGACGUAGGAUCGAGUCAGACUUCUUCGAGGGCCGGCUGGACGGCGUCGUCGCGACCUGUGCUUUAGAGUUAGGUGUGGACGUGGGAGAUCUUGACGCCACAGUACACUUAGGAUGGCCCGGGAGCCGCUGCUCUUUAAGGCAGCAGGCGGGGCGGGCGGGCCGAGAUCCCGCGCGAGCGUCGUUGGCCGUGGUCGUCUUGUUCAACGGUCCCUUGGAUCAGUUGAUGGCGCAGAAGGCGCCGUUGCUGACCGGCGAGGUCGAGCCGUGCGCUUUGUUGGUUGCGGCGUGGAAAUCAACCAGUGCGUCGGGUGCAGGCAUCGCGUCGAUGGCGUAUUUCCACGCAGGUCCAUCGCGAACGAGCGCGUUUUGAGGGACCAGCUGCUCUGCGCGGCGGCCGAGGCGCCCCUAGCUACAGAAGACCGGGCAAGGUUUGUGGGUCGUAGAGACGGGUCUGUACCAGAAGAGUCGGGACGAGUCUACGACCGGGCCCUCGAUUCAUUGAGAAGGGACGGGAGUCUGGUAGAAAGGUCCAAGGCCCUAUGUUGUCGGAGGAGCGACGUCAAACAUGCGAAAAAUGUCCCUCUGCGCGUCGUCGAUCCAGUUACCAUAGAAGUGCGGAUCAACGGCGUGGUGCUCGACACCGUGCCGUACGCUAGAGCGUUCUACGAGUUGUUCGAGGGGGCCAUCUACCUGCACCAGGUGCCGGAGCGGCGUCCUUUUGUUUUUGCGACUUCCCCACGCCAUCGCCGCGACGUCGUCUCCUUCCUUGAGUCGGCUCGAUGGCGUGGAGGUCGUCGCGGUCUACGCCGCCGGCACGCCAUCGCCGCGACCCGUAAUGACGCAGGCCCGCCCCCACCUCGUCACGAAGCUCGACCUCCAAGCUAGAUAUGCGUCCGUCAAACGGUUGCGGACCUGCGGCUACAUCACGGCUUCCAGGAAUCACACCGACGUCGAUCCGGUUCGAGUCCUCGAAGCGAGAGGACCACUAAAAACAGGAGUCGUCCACGUCGUCAGCAAAGUCUGGGGCUACCGGAAAGUUUGUAGGCAGACCUUCAAAGUGCUCGAGUUGAAGGAAUUUUCUCUUCCACCUCUCGAAUUUGAUAGUAGGGGCACGUGGGUCGACGUCCCGUCUUCCGCAAUUGAGAAGAUGGCUUCGUUGAACCUGGACGCGCGGUCGGGAGUCCACGCGGCGAAUCACGCUUUACUGAUCGUGGCGCCCUUGUUUGUCGUGGCCGAUGCGGCGGAUAUUUCUACCGAACAUGUCUACCCGAGGCAACAUCGCCCGAGACCUUUACGCCUUAUCUUGUAUGAUGCGCGGCCCGGGGGCUUGGGGGCGGCCGACGCCUUGUUCCGACGCUUCCACGCGGCGCUGGGCCAGGCGCGACGAUUGCUGUCGGAGUGCCCUUGUCGCUUCAGUUCGGGAUGCCCUGCGUGUCUGCAUGUGCAUACCUGUAGUGGCUACAACGCCAAUCUCGAUAGACGGGCGGCGCGGAUUAUUGUGGAUGCCGUGCUGCAAGAGCUGCGGUCGAUCUGUCAACCCGUCGUCGAGUCGCCGGCGCGGGCCGCGCGGCUGCGCGACGCCGCCGUUGGUUCUAGGUUGGGCGCGUCGGCGGCGGUCGCGGACGCGUGGGCGCCGUCGCUGCCGGACUUUCGGCCGCCCGUCGAGUAGUGUGUUGUUAAGAUUGUGUCUUGA